AUUAAGCGUUUUGAUCUAACGAGUCAGAUGUGGAUUUAGCUUUAGAGUGCUGAACAUGGCUCGCCUCAUCUUACUGCUUUUGAUGAUCUCGUGUAUAAUGAUGAGCUCAGGAGCUAAACUCAAGAAAAACAGGAAAAGCAAGAUGAAAUGGUCAACUUGGGAACCAUGGAGCUCGUGUGAAAGUCUAGACAACCCACUGGCUGUGCGCCGUCGAUUUUGUGUGGACGCAUCUGGGAAGAAAGUGGACGAUUUAAAAUGCUCAAAUGAUAAAUGCGACAACUUUGAGGUGGAUUGGGAGUAUUGCAAGGUUCCAAAAGACACGCCGCCUGAAUGGACGCCGUGGGGAGCGUGGACGGGAUGUGACCCAAGUGUUUGUAUACCCGGGAUGAGAGUCAGAGAUUGUAUGAAAGGAAACAUCAAAGUUGCUGAUUGGCGAUGCAGCAAGAGUGCAAAGGGAGUUGAGGUCAACAUUUUUCAUUGUGAGAGCUGUCGAGUUGCAGAACGGCAAAUUGUAUACAAUACAACAGCUGAGUUGACUGAGAAGCAAAGGAAACAACUGAAGAAAGCACAUGGGUCACCACAUAGGGCAGCAGAAAGAGAAGGGUUGUCAUGGGUAGUGACCAUUUCUCUUAACGGAGAACACUUCUGUAGCGGAAUUAUUCUUAGCGAUAAGUGGGUAAUCACUGCUGCACAUUGUAUGUGUGGAAGAGAUGGCAGCUGCUGCGAUAAAUCCAACAGAAUGAUAUGUGAUACAAAGAGUUGGAAAGUCACUGCUGGAAUCAGAGAUAUUUCGAAAACAAAAGCAAAACACGCCCAGUCCAGAAAGGUUUCCCGUGUGAUUGUUCCUGAAGACUACAUACUCGACCUUUUACAUAAGCCUAAAAGGAAAAUUAUUAUGGACAUUGCUUUGAUAGAAUUGGAUGCAACUUUCGAUUUUACUCCAACUACUGUCCAGCCGUGUCUGCUACCCGCCAGAAGGUGUACCACCAUGGGAACGGGGGAAGUCUGUGAACAUUUUGGUAAAUGGGCUAACAACCGAGAGUGCCACUCCGCGGGAUGGGGUGAAGAAGUCAGCAAGUCAGGAAGGAAUAUUGGAAGAAGAAUAAAGCUUAUGAUUGAUUUUAAUUUAACCGUUGGAACUGAUGGAAAUGAAGGUAGCUUCAGAACGAUACCUGAUGGUCUUAAUAGAGGUCAAGUGCGUGGAGGUUUUAGUGGAGGUCCAUUGGGAUGCGAAAAAGAAAAUACAACCAUCGGAGGAGUUGUUCCACCACAGAGUGAUGUCGUUAUAGGUGUCAACAGUUUAAAACUUAUUGCUCAUAAGAAAACAUCGCCGAUACUUCACUCUUCUCUGUUCGACAAAACUACAAUGACGUGGAUAGCUGAUAAGAUUGUUUCGUGGGGUCCCUGGGGAAAAUGCACAAAGUCAAAAGACGGGAGAAGAACAAGAAUUCAAUCUGGUUACUUCAUAGAAUUUGGAUAUUUUCCCACCGAUGGCCCAUUGUAUCAAUAUCUCACUGGAAGUACAAUCAGAAUGGAUUCACGAAAGUGUAUUGAAGAACCUUGCGUUGAUCAACCUUGUGAGAAUGGUGGCAUAUGUAUGGCUGUUGACACAACAUUUAAAUGCAAGUGUGCGAGUGGAUGGAUCGGCCCUACAUGUGAAAAUAAGAAUCCAAAUAUCGUCCUCAUAAUUGCCGAUGCCGUUGGUUAUAAUGAUAUCGGCUUUAGGAAUUCUAAAUUUGUGACGCCAAUUUUGGAUGACCUAUCAAAAGAAGGGGUUAGAUUGGAUAAUUAUUACGUAGAGUCAAUGUCAACGGCAUUUAGAGCAAGUCUGAUGACAGGACGGUAUCACGCGAACACUGGAGCGAUGUCGUUCAUCCCCUUGGCAACAGAGCAUUGUGUUCCUCACACAGAACUAAACUUUCCAGAACGAUUACAAAAUGCUGGAUACUCGACUUACUUCAUUGGGAAAUGGCAUAUGGGUUAUUCAAAGCAAUCGUGUUUGCCACAAAAUCGGGGAUUUGAUUAUUUCUAUGGUAGUUAUGUUGGCUGGGACGAUCACUUAAAUCACUCCAGAAAAACAUGCGUAAAAAGAAGCAAUGAUGCUACAAAACAGUGUUGUUUAUUCAGAGGUUCAAAACUACGAGAAUGUGUGGGUAGAUGCCUUUCAAAAGAAUUCGUUCAUAACGGUAUUGAUCUAAAUGAAAAUAAGACGCCAGUAGUUGACGCUGGUGGUGAAUUCGGACCUGACUUGUUCACGAGAAAGGCAAUGGAGAAUAUCGAAAAGCACGUUGGUAAUGAUAAUCACAUGUUUCUCACGGUGGCGUACGAUACCGAGCUUCCAGAGUCGACGGAACACUAUCGCAAUAAAAUUACACAGAUAAAAGAUACCACGAGGAAGGACUUCGCAGCAAUGGUUAAUGCGAUUGAUACAGGGGUGGGCAAGAUCAUACAGAAGCUCAAAGACACUGGAAUGUGGCAAGACACUGUCCUCGUAUUCACAAAUGACAGAGGAGGACAUGUGAAGAAUGGUAAUAAUAAUUGGCCAUUACGAGGCUCAACUUAUAAUUACUUCGAGGGAGGAAUUCGGGGCAUUGGAAUUGUUGCAGGUCCCGUCGUGACAAAGAAAGCAAGGACGUGUGAGGAUCCCAAUUCACAAUUAUAUCAUGUGGCUGACUGGUACAAAACAUUCCUGAAUCUCGCAGGGGCAAAUGUAGGCGACUCAGGGGCAGACUCACACGACAUUUGGUCAUCCAUUAGUUCAUGCAGCCCAAGUCCACGAACUGAGAUUCUCCACAGUCUUAAUCAUGCCAUGCCAAAGCUCGGGGAACCUAUCGACAGAGGUACAUUUGACAGCUCUAUUACUAGCGUGUUGAGGAUGGGAGAUUAUAAACUGUUCACUGGAAGGAUCUCUUUGAUCGGGGGUUUCACUGGAUGGAAGGCACCGGUUGAAGAACCCGAAACCACCACGAUAGAGCCCGACCAGAAUGUUACAAGGAAUGUCCACCUAUAUAACAUUAAGGAUGACCCACAUGAGAUGAAAGAUUUGAGUGAUGAAAUGAAAAAUAAGGUAAAGGAGAUGUUAGACAGGCUAGACGUAUUACAGGAAUACACUAAACCUGAACCGUUUUCUUGCCCUGAUCCAAAAGGACGUCCUGUGCUAGAGAGAAAGGAUAUCGUUUCUGAUGAAGCAGUAUACGUAUGGAAACCAUGGCUAUAA